CUUAUUAUGUUAAAUAUGUUUGUACGACUGUUUGCUACGUUGGCCAUGAAACGUGAUGAUCUGAUGGCACUUACAGAUUACCUUGAAUUCUGUAUAUUUUGCGAUAACGCUAAUGACCGUCAAUCUAAUGCAGAAAGAAAGUUCGUCCAUUGAAUGAACUUUCACUUAUUAGCGCUAUUGAUAUCCGGAAUAUCCAAUUCCAACAGAAUUUAUUUGUCGAUAACAUUCGAAAGAAGUAAAAAUUCUGAAGAUACAUUUUCCUUUGUUAGAUAUCAGCUAAGCCCAAGAUAUCAGAAAAAUGCGGUAGAUUGUUUUUAACGCAAGACGUCUUUUCAAACUUAAUUCUUUUACUGAAUUCUACUUAAACGUUAACGUUAUCCUUUUCGAUGAAUAAUUGUGAUUUACAUUCCACAUGUAAUCGUCUAAUUUGAAACAUAGCGUCUAUUUCUUUUCUGAAAUGCUUAAGGAAGUACGCGGCGAAUAUCGAAGAAAAGAUGCAGCCAAACAUCGUUAUCGAGCGCGAUCAUUCAACUCGGGAUUCCGUGUAUAACGUAUUAUUACAUAGUGGUAUGGUCAAGCAUCGAGUUUAUGUAUGCACCUUACACGUAUAAUCGCGUAGUAGAUGCAUGGUAUUUAUGUAACGUAUGCCUGUCGUGUGUAGUGGAACGCGCAGUAUAGUUUCGUGAUACAGAAGUAAAUCGAUCGAUCGGUCGUAUUUGAUUUCAUCAAGAAAAAAAUAGUACAUCUGUUUGGCUCCAACGUAAAAGAAAUCGUAUACGUUGUUACGAGAAACGAGGAAUACAAUCAACAGAUUUUGGUUUACGUGUUCUGCUUCACAGGUGAAAUGUGUAAUCUACGCUAGCAGAGUGUAGCGAUUGGAAGAUUUUAGAGUGAAAGAUGUACCGAUGGAUGCAUUAAACAUUGACUGUCAGGUUAUGGACGAAAACAUUGUAAGCGUUGUACUUAAAGAAGAACCUGGCGAUAGAUUUGAUCCCGACUACAUGGAGGACAUCUGUUCUGGGACAUUCGGGAAGGUAUUUUUACCUAUCGAAAAUAACGAAGUUGACUUCUCCAAUGAAAUGGUAAAGCUCGAAUUGGAUGGCGAAUCUAGCAGUCAUCAAAAUUGGACAGCUCAGCUCGCUAACACGAAUUUAUGUGACAAGGAUGAUGGAGCUAUACAGAGAUGUCUGACAAACGCAAAUUUUACGCAAGUGCCAGACCCUGAGAAACAUUCUGGUUUUUGUUCAAAUGGGCAACAACCGAAAUUUUAUAAAAUACAAUGUUCCAUUUGCAAGAAAUGGUUCUUGAACAACGAUUCGAUGGUUACCCAUUUGAGAAUGCAUUGCAGCGGUAGCCAAUGCGAGGUUUGCCAGCAAAAUUUCCAAGACAGUUCCAGUCUGCAUGCUCACAUGUUGACGCACGUCGGGAUGAGUCCGUUGGAGUGCAAUGUCUGUCAAAAACGAUUCGCUUACAAGUGGUGUUUACGUAGUCACAUGCAAAUGCACGUAUUAGAAAAACCAUACGACAACGACGCGUUACAACAAACGUUUAUGAAACGGAUGGAUUCCGAGAACGAUCAAUCGAUGAGUGGAGAGGAUAGAAUAAUUGAAUGCGACGUUUGUCACGCGACGUUUAAAGAAAAGUCUAGUCUAAAUCGGCAUAUGAUUAGUCAUACGGAAGAGAGGCCGUAUAAAUGCGAUAUAUGUUUUACAACGUUUAGGGAAAAGGCAAAAUUGAAUAUGCACAUGACGCUGCACGGGGGUAACAAACAGUUUAAAUGUACAAUGUGUCACAGAUCAUUUGCACAGAAAACAGCGUUAAACAAUCAUAUGCUAGCGCACAGUGGUGAAAAGCCGCAUGCUUGUAACAUCUGCGAGAAAACAUACAAACGAAAAUCGGAGUUAAUCAGGCAUACGAUGGUUCAUACUGGCGAAAGACCGUAUGAAUGCAAAGAAUGCCUGAUGACUUUUCGAGAGAAGGCAAAAUUAAAUUCUCACAUGCUCGUCCACACAGGUGAGAAACCGCACGAGUGUCACAUAUGUCACAAGGCGUGUGCACGGAAAUCGGAUCUGAAUAGUCAUAUGUUGCUGCAUACCGGCGGUCAAUACGAUUGCAAAGUUUGCGAUAAAAUAUUUACCCGCAAGUCGGAUUUGAAGCGGCAUACAUUGAUACACACGGGCGAGAAACCGUUUGCUUGUGAAUUAUGCGAAAUGGCCUUUAGAGAAAAAACGAGACUGAAUUCCCAUAUGCUUAUACACACUGGCGACAAAAGACACGCUUGUCACAUUUGUCAGAAGACGUUUAAAGAGAAGUCCGCGUUGCGGAAACACAUGUUAGGUCACACCGGUGAUAGACCGUACGAAUGUUACGUAUGUCACAAGGCAUUUACCCAAAAAACAACUUUAAACAGCCACAUAAUGGUACACGCUGGUGAACGACCAUACGAGUGUAGUGCGUGUCAGAAAAUAUUCAAGGACAAAGCGACAUUGAAGAAGCAUUUAUCGGUGCAUAUAAACGAAAAAACUCACGAAUGUUUGAUUUGUUUAAAAAAAUUUGCCCAUAAAGCUGCGUUAAAUAGUCAUUUAUCGACAAAUCAUACGUCUUAACUCGAGGGAUCUAGUCCGUUGUUUUCCAGCUUUUAGUUUCUUUUUAUCAAAGCACUUGUAUGCAUCUAUAUCAGUGGCCGCCAAUACGUCGCUCGCGGCAACCAGUUUGGUCGCUGGUUUUAAUGUAUAUAUAUAUAUAUACAAAGCAAAGAGAGAGAAUUACUAUGUAAAUCUCAUUAUUUUUGAAGUUGUUGAAAUUUUGUAAUUGAAAAGUAUUUAUAUCAAUUAUAAUAAUUACAUAUAUUUAAAUGAUGAGAUUUAUAGCGUAGUAGUUCUUACACUCUUCUAGAUUGGCGACCACUGAUGUAUAUGUAGCUGCGUAAAGGCGGUUACGAGUACAUGCAUCUGUUUUAUAUGCUCAUUGAUCCAAACAGUCGCAUUAUUUCUUGUAUAUCUUUACGUACAAUAAAUUAAUUUUUAA